AUGACCAGUCAUGACGAGGCAAGGAACAAAUCUUACGAUGACCUGCACGUCUUCUUGGCGUCUGUGCCGAAGGCGGAUAAGUUGAUUGUCCUUGGUGGCUUCAAUUUCCGCGUCGGCACAGACCAUGCUGCCUGGCGAGGAGUGCUGGGUCCGCAUGGUCUCGAUGGCUCCAAUGACAAUGCCCUGCUUCUCCUAAGAACCUGCAGAGAUCACCGACUCAUCCUGACCAACACCUUCUUCUGUCUCUGGGUGGGAGACGAGGCCACCUGGAUGCAUCCUCGGUCGCGACACUGGCCCCUGCAGGACAAUGUCCUCGUCCAGAGGCGUGACUGA